UCCUCAGAGUUUGAGUUUGACCGAGUGUUGGGGCCCAGCGCCAGCCAGAGCGACGUCUACCAUGCCGCCGUGAAGCCGAUUGUGGAGGACGUGCUGAAUGGCUACAACGGCACGCUGAUGGCGUACGGCCAGACAGGCGCGGGCAAGACCUACUCGCUGAGCAGCAUUGCGGCGGACGCCAUCGGCAUGAUCCCGCGCGCCGCCGCCGAGGUCUUCUCCCACGUGGAGCAGGACCAGGGGCACGAGUACACGGUGUACAUGUCGUAUGUGCAGCUCUACAUGGAGCUCAUCCAGGACCUGCUGCGCCCCGAGAGCGAGAACCUUCAGAUCCGGGAGAACGAGGGCGGCGUGUUUGUGUCGGGUGUGCACCAGCAGGAGGUGCAGAACAUCACGCAGUGCCUGCACCUGCUGCACCUGGGCGACCGCAACCGCACCACCGCCUUCACCGCGCUCAACGCCCACUCCAGCCGCUCCCACGCUGUGGUCAUGCUGACCGUCAUCAAGCGGCGGUCGGUGUCGGGGACGGGGGAGGCCGAGAUCCAGCGUGUGGGCAAGCUGUUCCUGGUUGACCUGGCGGGCAGCGAGCGGCUGAAGAAGAGCAAGUCCACGGGGCUGCGUGCCAGCGAGGCCAAGUCCAUCAACCUCUCCCUCACCACGCUGGGCAUGUGCAUCAACGCGCGGGCCGACCCCGCAGCCACCCACGUCCCCUUCCGCGACUCCAAGCUCACCCGCCUGCUCCAGGACUCCCUGGGCGGCAACGCCAAGACCAGCCUGCUGGUGGCGGCCUGCGAUGCGGCGGAGCAUGUCGUCGAGACGCUGCAGAGCCUGCAGUUUGGGCUGCGCGCCAUGUGUGUGCGCACGCAGGUGAGACUUCAGGGCUGCAUGUGGUUUGCGGCGGCUCGCAGCGAUACCAUGCAUGCUGGGGUGGGUUGCCCUGUCGUUUACAUAGCAGAUAUACCAUACGCCGACCCACCUACUCACCAGCCCUUGCCCUUCCAGCCCAUCCAUGCCCAGGCAGUCACCCUCUAA